AUGGCGUACGACGAACGGAGUCAGGUGUUUGACACGGACUGUCUGGCUCAGGCCAACUCUGACCUGUUUUGGACGGCGGGCGGACUCAUGGCGUAUUUGAAGCUGGGCGUUGACCCUGAUAAAAUGGUACUGGGUCUACCAUGGUACGGCUACGACUAUCAGUGCGUGCGCACCGGUCCCGACCGGACCUGCUUUAUCAAAGAGGUGCCCUUCCGUAACGUUAGCUGUAGCGAUGCCGCCGGUGUUCAGGUGCCGUACGUCGAGAUCAAACAACUGGUGGACAUUUACGGCGACUGGUAUGACGAGCACUCGACCACCCGUUACGCCUAUUUCAAUGACUCGGCCAACGUGACCCACCAGAUCUGGUACGACACGUCCGGGAGCCUGGGUAUGAAGGUUGGGUUAGCCAAGUAUAGGGAGCUGAGAGGUGUGGGCGUCUGGAACGCCAAUAUGUUGGACUACUCGGGCACUAAAGAGGGUAAG